AUGCAUGGGGAUAAACUGGCCCGUGAGCUACAAUCAGUGCCACUGUCUAACGGGACUGUUGCCCGGCGCAUCUCCAACAUGGCCCAGGACAUAAAGUGUCAGCUAGGGAUGCACGAUGAUAUCGGCACAACAUUGCUGGUGGACAGAGUGAAGAAAGGGAAAUAUGCUUUACAGUUAGACGAAUCCACAGAUGUAUCAAACUCUGCCCAGCUGCUUGUAUUCGUCAGAUACAGUUUUGACAGAAAACUUAACGAGGACAUUCUGUUUUGCACGCCACUGGAGGGAACGUGCACAGGCGAGGACAUUUUCACAAAACUUGACAACAAACUAAAAGAAGAUGGACUGUCUUGGAGCAAGUGCAUCGGUGUGUGUACAGAUGGUGCUGGAGCGAUGCUGGGGAAAAAGAAAGGUCUUAAAGCAAGAGUCUUACAAGUGGCGCCUCACGUAAAAUUCACGCAUUGUAUUAUACACAGAGAAGCUCUUGCGAGCAAAACACUUGACCCAGAACUUAAACGUGUUCUUGAGACUUCUAUAAAAAUGGUCAACUAUAUAAAAGCGCGUCCACUCGAUAUCAGACUGUUUGCCACUCUCUGUAAUGAACUGGGAUCGGAGCACGAGUGCUUGCUGUUCCAUACAGAAGUCAGGUGGCUUUCGCGAGGAAAUGUGCUCAGCCGCCUGUUUGAGCUGCGGGACAAAGUGCGCUUAUUUCUGAUGGAGCAUGGGUCCCAGCUCGCUGACUACCUCAGUGAUCCUGACUGGCUAACAAGGCUAGCGUAUUUGGCUUGCAUAUUUGAAAAACUGAAUGGACUUAAUAUGUCAUUGCAAGGUGAAAACACAAAUAUCAUGUCGCUGAAUGACAAAAUCCACGCAUUCAAGAGAAAACUUGAGCGCUGGACUGAGCGAGUUGAAAUGGGUAGGAUUGAUAUGUUUUCUGAGCUGGACGAAUUCAUGUAGGAAAACGAACUGAGUGUUAACAUAGUGAAGAAGUCUAUCACUACCCACCUUCAAGCUCUCCUGGAACACUUUAACAGGUAUUUCCCAGAGGAAACAGCUCCAGAACAAUACGACUGGAUAAGAUAACCAUUCACUGUAACGAGGGCAAAUCAUCUGACAUCUGACCUGGAGGACGCAUUGGUUGAACUGUCAAGCGACCGAACCUUGAAGACAGUUUUUAAUUCCAAGACGCUGGCUGAGUUUUGGAUUUCAGUCGAAAGGGAAUACCCACAGCUAUCCAAGGCCGCUAUGGAUGUACUGAUGCCGUUUUGCACUACCUACUUGUGCGGAAAUACUUUUUCGGCACUCACGUACAUUAAAAAUAAAUACAGGUCGCGACUGAACAUGGAGGAUGAUCUCCGAGUGGCGGUCUCCAAAAUUAAACCAAGAAUGGACUUGCUGUGCUCCAAGCAUUGUGCCCACCCAUCUCAUUAGGUGAGGUUAAUGUUGAAAUUAAACGAAUGAGUAAAUUACUAUAAAAAAAUUAUAUGGUUGUUAGA